AUGGAAUGCAAGAGUGACAAGAUAGGUCCACCACAAGGGAGUGACAAGAUAGGUCCCCCACAAGGGAGUGACAAGAUACGUCCACCACAAGGGAGUGACAAGAUAUGUCCACCACAAGAGAGUGACAAGAUAGGUCCACCACAAGGGAGUGACAAGAUAGGUCCACCACAAGGAAGUGACAAGAUAGGUCCACCACAAGGGAGUGACAAGAUAGGUCCACCACAAGUGAGUGACAAGAUAGGUCCACCACAAGGACGUGACAAGAUAGGUCCACCACAAGUGAGUGACAAGAUAGGUCCCCCACAAGGAAGUGACAAGAUAGGUCCUCCACAAGUGAGUGACAAGAUAGGUCAGUCACAAGUGAGUGACAAGAUAGGUCCACCACAAAUUAGUGACAAGAUAGGUCCUCCACAAGGGAGUGACAAGAUAGAUCCACCACAAGAGAGUGACAAGAUAGAUCCACCACAAGGGAGUGACAAGAUAGGUCCACCACAAGUGAGUGACAAGAUAUGUCCCCAACAAAGGAGUGACAAGAUAGGUCCCCCACAAGGAAGUGACAAGAUAAGUCCACCACAAGGAGUGACAAGAUAUGUCCACCACAAGGAGUGA